AUGGGUAUCCAACUUUGGCGCCGGUUGCCGGGCAAGUUCCUCUUCAUUCUCCUCAAUGUCUUCAGUGCCAUCGCUUUGAUCUUCGAGGGAUACAACCAGGGUGUCUAUGGCUCGGUUUCAGGCACGCCCGGUUUCAUUGACAUGGCCAAGAUCGGAGCAAAUGGUAAAGUUACGGACCCGACCAAGCAAGGUGGUCUCGCGGCUGCAUACUACUUUGGUGCCAUGAUCGGUUGUCUCCUUGGAGGGUGGACUGGUGACAAGAUUGGAAGAAAGAAGGGUGUUGCCAUCGGAGCAGCCCUCUGUGUCCUGGGUGCUGCUCUGAUGUGCGGCAGCGUCAACUCGGAUAUGUUCAUCAUUGCCCGCAUCGUCGCCGGACUGGGAAUUGGUUUCGUCAACACUAUCAUCCCGUCCUGGGUGUCUGAACUGUCUUCCGCACACAAUCGAGGCUCCACCUUCUCCCUUGUGUUUGUUGCCAACUUCUUGGGCAUCGUAAUUGCCUACUGGCUCAACUUUGGCAUCAGAGACAUGGGACCGGAGUUCCGCUGGCGCUUUCCUUUCGGGUUCAUGGCCUCCUUCAUGGUCAUCGUCUUAGUGAUCGUGCCAAUCGUUCCUGAAUCACCCAGAUGGCUCGUUGCCAACCACCGCCGUGCCGACGCCAUCGAAAUUCUAAGAAAGCUUCGCGGCGAUCUGGCCGUAGACGACUCCGAACUCACCAAAGAGAUUGCACAGCUCGACGCUAUUGUUGCAGACUCGGGACACAAGCGAAACAAGUACAUCAACAUCUUCUUGGGUGGGCGAUACUCGGGAUCUCUUCACCUUGGUCGACGAGCGGCUAUGGGUGCUGCCCUGCAGACCAUUCAGCAAUGGACUGGUAUUCUGGCCAUCGCUACCUGGGCAACCCAGCUCUUUGCGCUUGCCGGCUUUGAUGAGUACAAAUCGAGCUGGCUCGCCGGACUCGUCAACACCUUUGGUAUUUUCGGAACCGCGGCCGCUGCACUUGUUAUCGAUCGACUGGGACGGAGAAAGUCCCUUCUUGUCUCUUUCGUCACCCAAGGAAUCUCUCUGUUCCUGGUCGCCGCAUUCAUCAAGACAUCAAGAGAUUCUCUUGCCAGCAACCCCGAGCUGUCCCAAUCCCUCGGCACAGCAGCAGCAUCGUUCGUUUUCGUCUUCCUCUGGUUCUUUACAAUGUUCAACAUCGUGCCUUGCUGGAUCUACGGCUCCGAGAUCUGGCCACAGGAGAUCCGAGCCAAAGGCUAUGCCAUGACUAUCAUGGGUUGGGCCAUUGGCUGCGGUGUCACCGGCUUUGUGAUCCCAAUCAUGCUCGACAAGCUCGGAUACGGCACUUUCCUCUUCUUCGGUGCCAUGAACGUCAUUGCUACUCCGAUCAUCUACUUCUUGUACCCAGAGGUAGCGAACAAGUCCCUGGAAGAGAUCAACUUGCUAUUCACGAACGACAGCUUGCUUGUCAGCAAGAACAUGGCUUCUUACGAGGCUCGCUUGCAGGAGGCUGGCGGCGACCUCGUGCUGGCAUCGAAGAGAUUGUUCGCGGAAGUGGACGGAUACGAGGUGAAUGAGGACGGUCACCGAGGCGAUAGCUCUGAUGAGAAGGGUGAUUUGCAGACAUUCGCAGAGGAGAAAGUUUGA